AUGAAAUCUUUUCAGCUGUCAGCGGCUAGAACCAUCAUUGAAGGCGUUUCCUCAUGUGGCGUUUCCGAAAUUGUUGCAUGUUCAGCUCCCUGCAUCUUCCUGUUUGUUCUCCUGGGACCUGCAGUUCAGAUCAAGCUUCACAGGCCGAUCCGUUCCCCUCGUCUCCUGGAAGCCCCUGUAUGUCCGACGGAGUCUUUUGGGCCGUCCUCUGAGACCUGGGGGAGCUACACCGCCAGGGCAACGCAACGACGCGCGGAUCAGCCAAGGGCCUGGAACAUCUUUUCCAAGCUCGGUAAUCUUGCCAACCCCUGA